AUGAGGUCGUGUGUUCUAUUGCCUUUAUUCGUUAUAAUGAUGGUGCACCAUCGUGGUUCAAGGGCAGGCACAAGGGGCAACAGCGACAUCGGAUCACACAACAACGAUGCCACCCACAACCUGAGGCACCGUCUACCACAAGAGGCAGCGACCACAACAGAACCGACUACUACCACUGUUGCUCCUCAGCCGAACAACCGGAUUUGCCCAGCCAACUCUGGAAUGGUUGACGCUACGAGGGUACAGGCAAAAAGUGCACAUAAUUAUCGCAGAGGAAGACUCGCAAGAGGAGAAGUUAAG